UUACCAAAACAAAUGAAGAAGGUUGGUUAGAGGGAAGAAAAGAAGAUUCAAACAUAAAAGGAUUAUUUCCAAGCAAUUAUGUUCAAUUGAUUGAAGAAAAGAAAAUUCCACCAAAAAUACCUCCUUGCAAAAUUGGUACCAAUUCUAAUAAUAAUAUACAAGAAAUUGAUAAAUUACCUUUAUUUGAAACAGGUUCUAGUGGGUCAAUUAAAGAUCCUGCAGAAUCAGAUAUUGGAAUAUCAAUAGGAAAGCCUAGAAAAAUUUCAAAGAAUACACUAGCUGUUUUUGAGUCUAAUGAGACUUUGCCAAUAAAACCUUCUAUCAACCCUAGAUCAAAAUUAUCACCAAGUCUUGUUGAUAAUUCUUCUUCAAGUUUUAUAAAACAAACAAAUAAUAAUUUUAUUAAUAAAAAAACAGAAUCACGAUCAGCCACCACUAUUUUUGAUCGUCCAAUACCUUAUUCAAGACCACCAUUACCUUCAAGAAAGCUAUCAAAUACACCUUCAAUCUCUAGUGCCAGUUCAAAUAGUAAUGAUUCAUUGGCACCACAAACACCACCAAGACCAUUUUCAUCAACAAACUCAAGUACUACUUCAUUUACAAAAUCAGUAGCUGAAAAUCAUACAGAUAAUUCUGAAAAGGCAAAGAUAACAACACAAGAUCAAUUGGUAAAAGUUGUACAACAAGGAAUAUCUAAUAACUUUUCUCAACUUAAAGGGGAAUUUGAAAAAUCUCCAUAUGGUAAUAAGAAAAUUUCUGCUAUAAAAUCCUCACAAUCACCACCACCAUUGCCCUCAAGAAAAAAUCAUGGAUUAAGUACUGAUUCAGAAAUCAAAAUUCCACAUAGACCACCUCAAUACAGUGGUAUUCCAUCAGAUGCAAAAAAACGAUAUGAACUAGUUUUUGAUUCAAAUAAAGAAGAUCUUAUUGAUGCUGCUGUAGUUAGAGAAAUAUAUAUAAGGAGCAGAUUAAACAACAAGACUUUAUAUAAGAUAUGGGAUCUUUUGGAUACUGAUAAAGAUGGAUAUUUAAAUAGAAACGAGUUUUGUAUAGGAAUGUUUUUGAUUGACAAAAGACUUGAAGGAGACCCAGUUCCUGAUAAGUUGCCAAAAGAACUAUUAGCAUGA